AUGGCUCUCCAGCUCACACACGAAAAUAAUAUUGACGCUUUACUCAUACAAGAACCUUGGAAAUUGAAAGACUUAACAGCGAAAACGUCAAUUUCACAUUCAAAAUAUGCGCAUUUUUCACCACUCGAUGAAUGUCAUACUCGCCCUAGAGUUCCAACGUACGUCGGCAGUUCACAAGGACUGCGCUCAUACCAAACUGCAAUUAAUACUUCUCUAGACCUACCGCAAGUGGUUAUUUUCACCGGGCGAGGUCGGAAAAUAGCUGCAUUGAAUGUGUACAACGCUCCAUCUGGGUCAAUCAGAGCGAGAGAAGGCCUUCAAACAUUAGUCAAAUCGACUUGUGCUCCUGAAUUUGUUAGUGAUGAUUUUUAUUUGCGACACCCAGUAUGGGAUUCGAACGAAAAGAGCCCCGAAAAGCCGUCAGACAUGCGAAAAAAAAGUACUGGACUACAAGAAUCGAAAAAUCGGAAUCUCACUCAGAAGUAUACAAGAUCGUGA